CACAUCAAAGGAAUUCUCAGUUCUUGCUGUAACACUCCUCUCCUGUCUGGCGCUCCGUUCCUUCAAUGCUUCCAUGGACGGCUUAGGGCUCCGCGACGUCCCUCCCUCCAUGGAGAACCCGACAUUAUCACUCUCCAUUGAAAGCGGACCUAAGAAGGGGGUAACCCUAGAAUGCAAGCCCGGAGACCAGCUUCACAUUGGCCGAGUCGUUCGAGGCAACGCCCUUUCCAUUAGGGAUCCCUCGAUCUCCCAGAAGCAUCUUGUCAUCCGAUUCCUCCCGGAAAUCAACCGCUGGGCCGUCAUCGACCUCGAAUCAUCCAAUGGAACCUACGUCAACGGCGCUCUCAUUUCUCCUGAUAACCCUUCGCCUCUCCUGGACGGAGACAUCAUCCGGAUCGGUGAGAAAACGAGCAUUGCAGUUCAUGUUUCCGCUUCACAAGCCGAGGCACCUCCGUUUUCAAGGCACGGGUGUGUACGAAGGCGGAUCAAAGAGAUAUUUUCAUGGGAGGAGCAGGUGAAUGAGCCGCAGAAAAUUGGAGGGAGAGCGAGGGCCAGUGGAAGGAAGAGGGAUAGAGAGGAAUUCCAGCCCGUGGUGAUGAAAAAGAUCAAGGGGAGAGUGACGAAGGCAUCAGCUAGGGCCAGGUCUACCAGGAUUUCUGAAAUGAAGCUGGUGGAGGAGGAUAUGGUUAUUGUAACUUCCGAUUCAGAUUCUACUGAAGGGGCAGAGAAGGAGAAGCCCCUCAGACAGACCAGUGUUGGUGCUGAGGAAGAGGAGCCAUCCCUGGUUGGAGAACAAGAAGCACGGGAUAAAGCAGUGGAGGGUGAUAUGGAUACCAUGACUACGGGUGAAUGGUUUGAUAGGAUGGAGGAAUAUUUACCCAAGACAAUAAAUAGGGUUGCUGAGACUAUUAUCGCAAAGUUGAACGAUAAGGCACGUCGAUUUGAUGAAUAUGUCGCUCAGAUUUUAAACGGUAGAGAUGAGGAGGUAUGUGGAAUUUUUUCUCAAACAUAAAUUUGAAAUAAUUCAAUCUCAUGAUUUUUUAGCGAUACCAAUUUCAAUUUGGAUUUCUCUGGAGUUGUGCACGGUUAAUGUUGUGAUCACAUGAGAGAAGGAACUUUUUUUAAUAAAAUCUCCUUACCGGUAACUUCUCCCUUGAUUUUUAUUUUU